AUGACGCUGUGUGAGCUGAGCCGCGGCGUCGCCGCCAAGCCGCUGCACAAGGCUCAGCGGUCGCUGCUGAGGCUGGCGCCAGCCGAUGCUGCCCACUGGCAGCUCUGGCAGUUUGACUUCCUCGUUCCAGCCAUCAGUGCUGAUGAUUGGCUGGGUGGUUGCGCUUCCGUUGCCCAAACGGUGCCGGGGACCUCGAAAGGAUUGGCCAUGAUCCCCUGGGCGGAGCAGUUCCGAACAAAGCUUUUCUCGUCGCCGCUGCCGCCGAAACUGCUGCCGGAGAUGGGCUCCGUCGCGUUCGCAACACUGCUGUGCGAGGACUCCACCCACUCUGACAGGUUCAGCGAGUGGCUGCGCGCACUGGACGUCAUGCUGUGGAGCCUCCGGCGCUUUCAUGGCGUGGAAGGUGACGACGGACAAGUUCGCCAAGUGGUGCCCUUGCUCGUCCUUUUCCAAGAAGAGUUCCACCAUGAGGCUUGGCCACUCUUGGAGCAGAGGGGCGUGGUGCCGCUGCCCGUCGGAGAGUUUCCCGCGGCGCCGCUGCCCGGAAACUUGCACCGUGUGGCGGCAUGGCGCAGGCUGCACCUUUGGAGCCUGACGUCCUUUCGCAGGAUUGUCUACUUGGACACAGAUACCCUGGUCACGGGCUCGCUGUGGCACCUUUUUCAGCUGCCGGACAGCGUUCACUUCGCGGCUUCCGGCUUCGGUCUGGACCACCAACUUCUGCGCCAUCAGCGCCUGAACACGGGCGUUCUGGUGCUGUCACCCGACCAGGAGGUCUUUGCUGCAAUGCGCUCUGUCCUCAAGAGAGGCCUCCUACAUGACCAUCCAGAGUUCAAGCUUCAAGGAUACCUUGACCAGGCCUGGGUCGAUCUUUUCUUCCGCUAUGCCACGCGCAGGGCUCGUGGCGGCCUGGUGCGUUGGCGCAAAGUGCAAGCAGGACCCCGCAACCUGUCCGUGACUGAAGUCUGUCCACCUCCCGCUGAUGCCGAGGCGCCUCGGGAGGUCCAGGAAAGUCCGGUGUCACAACUGCCUGGCGCUGGCGAACUCCAGCUGAACGUUUGUAUGCUGGACCCUGGAAGCAACUUCUUGGUCUCCUUCAACGCCAUGAACAGUUGCGGCGACGAGGUCCUCGAGUUUUGCCAUGCCGGGCUGGUAGCCCCCAAGAAGAGGGGGAUUCAUGUGCUGCAUUGGCCCGGAAGGGCCUGGAAGCCUUGGAAGCACGAGGCGCCAUGGAGCCGCUCUUCAGCCGACGAGCUGUGGUGGAGCGUGCAGGAAAGGGUGCGGAGGUAA